AUGGUGUCGCACGAUGCAGCCGCUAGUGGCGUCGCAGCCAUCUCGGAGCGACGCCUCCUUUGGAAGAUUGACCUGCUCCUCAUGCCACUCAUGACUGUCGCCUACGGUCUUCAAUUCUACGACAAGGCCAUCCUCGCCUCGGCUUCCAUCUUCGGCAUCCUCAAGGACCUCGAGCUGUCUGUCGUGCAUCCCGGCCCUCCUGCCAAGACCUCGCUCGAGCGCUACUCAACCGCCACCUCGGCUUUCUAUUGGGGCUACCUCGUCGCUGCUCUGCCUAUGGCAUUGCUCGUACAGCGUUUCCGCCCCAAUGUCUUCCUCGGCUGUGCCAUCGUUCUCUGGGGUAUCAUUGUCAUCCUUACCCCUGCCAUCGGUAGCUGGCGAGGCUUGAUCGCGCAACGGUUCUUUCUGGGCGCCAUCGAGAGUGCUGUCAGCCCAGGCUUCGUCAUGAUCACCCGCUCGUGGUACAAGAGGUCUGAACAGCCCCUCAGGCUGGGCAUCUGGUACUCCGCUACGGGUCUCUUCUCCAUCUUCUCGGGCCUGGUCAACUACGGACUCGGCAGGGCUGGCAGUCGGUCCGGAGCCAAGCUCGCAGCGUGGAAGUACAUGUUCCUUUUCGCCGGAGCGUUCACCAUUCUUUUUGGUGUGGUCAUGCUGGCUCUGCUGCCAUCCUCUCCCGUUGGUGAUGCGCUGCUCAAGAUUCCCGGCUACAACCGCUUCUCUCCCGAGGAGAAGAGCUUGGCCUCUGGUCGUCUGCGCUCUAACAUCACCGGCGAGCUGAACGACGAUUCAUCCACUCUGCGCACCAGCUCGGAAGACAAUCACAAGGAGGACACUGUCGACGAGCACUCGACUACCCCCACCAAGGACGCCCUCACUGAAGUGCCCGCCACACCCCUCCCAACAGCCGGACUCAAAGACCGCCUGGCAUCGCUGAACGUCGCCGCUUCGACCUCUGGCAUCCGCGAGCGCUGGAACCUCGCCCAGGCCAAAGAGGCGCUCCUCGACUACAAGCUCUACAUCUUCUUCCUUCAGGCCAUCAGCAUCUACAUCUGCAACGGUGGCGUCACCGCCUUCGGCGCGUACAUCAUUCGCUCGUUCGGCUACACCUCUCUGCGCUCCAUCAUCCUCCAGACGCCUGGUGGAGCGACGACGUGCAUCUCGAUCUACCUCUCGACGAUCAUUGUGUUGAAGGUGAAGAACUCGCGGUCGGUGUUGUUGGUGCUCACGUGUUUGCCUGUGAUGGCGGGUGCGGCGAUGAUUUGGAAGGGCAACUGGGCGAACCGCGCCGUGCCCCUGGCAGGCUACUAUCUGCUGCCGAUCUUUGGCGCUCCGUUCGUGCUCAUGCUCUCGCUCUCUACCGCCAACGUCGCAGGCGCGACCAAGCAGAGCAUCACCUCGGCAUUUGUGUUCGCGGGAUACAACGUGGGAAACAUCAUCGCGCCGUACCUGACGCUCGCCUCCGAGGCACCUAUUCAUUAUCGCAGAACCUUCGUCGCGAUUAUUUCAUGCAUGGCCAUCACCAUUGUACUCACACUCAUCCUGGACGCUGGCCUCUGGUGGCAGAACAAGACAAGGAGGCAGGCAAGGGAGGCAGAGGCAAAGACAAAGGAGGAGGUCGACGAGAUCAAGACGCGCGCCAUCCUCGAGGAUUGGACCGAUUGGCAGAACCCGUACUUUGAGUAUGCUUACUAG